GCUAAGGGGCUUGCUGACGCCAGAAGACCCCCCUUCCUUUUCUCUCUCUCUCUCUUGCACGCUCCCUUUUUUCCACCUAAAAGAGUGGCAUGAAUAAUCCAUGCCAGAUAAAGAACUGCAGCAGAGAGGGACGUGAUCACAAGCCUCGUUUGUGCACGUAAGCACACCCUCGGACACACGCGCGUGUAUCGCAAGCAGGGCUGAUGGAGGCAGAGCAGAGGGGCGUGUGAGACUGCAGUGGCAUCCUUCCUUUCCGUUUGACGUGUGCUGAACAAUCUUCCUCUUACGCUCCAAGAGCUGAAGCCGGCAUGUUCUGCUUCUGCCUGCAGGGCUCUCUGCUGAAGCUCCAGGCUCUGGAGGGAGACUCCAGCCCUUCUUCAGACCCCUCUCCUGAAGACAGUCCACCCAGCCUGGGAUUCAAAGACGAAAUAUUGCUUCCUUCAUGCAAUGGCGUUGGGAAAGAGCACAGCCCACCAGACUGUAGGCUGGCAGAGGGUGACUGUAGCAGUGAUCUCCAGCAGAGCCCGGGGCCCAGUCGACUCAUCCAGCACAUCACAGACGACAACAGCCCCCUGCCCUCCCCACGCUGCUCCAGCCUCAGCCAGAGCCAACGCUUCAACACAGACCCUGAAUCUGCCCCGUCUCCACCCUGCGCACAGCAUCUGAUCAUGGCUCGUGGGGUUGUUAGAACGGAGGUUCCUGGAGACGCUAAGGAAGCUACUUCCAUCCCUCUCCUCGCCAAACACAUCCAAACACUCAAGAGGAAAAUACGCAAGUUUGAGGAGCGCUUUGAGCAAGAAAUGAACUAUAAGCCUUCACAUAAUGAUAAAUCAGCCAAUCCGGAGGUUUUCAAUCUCAUGAGUGAACUAGCCAGGUCUCGCAAGCAGCUCAAAGAUCUGAAGCUUAGACAGUCAUUUGAGGAAUCUCGGAGAUAUGAGAACGGCCAGUCCACAGAUAUCUGCAAGUACACUAACAGCCAGCAGGAGACGCCAGAGCAGCAGCCUCAGCAGCACAAGCCCUCUCUGGAGGAGACAGUGGACGGGCUCCUGAAACGACUACGGGAGAAACGCCAGGCCCUCGGCCUCCCAGACAACAUGAAGGAGAUGACCCAAAGACAGAUGGCCCUGGAGAAGAUCACUCUGCAAAAAUGUCUGCUGUAUUUUGAAAGCUUGCACGGCCGCCCUGGUACCAAACAAGAGAGAAACCUGGUGAAACCUCUCUACGAUAGAUACCAGAUGGUGAAACAUCUCCUGUGUGCGACUCCCACUAUCACAACAAUAGAAGAAGAAGAAGGGUCAGAUGAUGAUUCCGUUCGGUACACACCCCCACCCAUGUGCCUCACUGAUAAGAGAGGUUGUGGGGAGGAAGAGGGAGACAGCGACACGGCCUUUGUAUCUCCGCUGGAUGAGAUCAAGACAGUGAGACAGCCAGCCAUAACCAUGUCCAACCUCCACGAGGCCUCCAGGUCUGAGUUGCUGGAUUGUUUGCGUGAGACCCGAGCCGAGAAGAAGAGACGGCGUAAAGCCAUCAGAGAGUUCGAAGAGCAGUUCUUCAGACAGAUGGGAAGAACCGCACAAAAAGAUGACCGAAUCCCCAUGGCCGAGGAGUACCAGGAGUACAAAAGUCUCAAAGCCAAAAUACGCUUACUGGAAGUGUUGCUCAGCAAACAGGAAACCACAUAGACUGAGUUAAAGAGAUUCUUUCUGCCUUUCAGUAAUGAACCCAAUGUUUGGACCAAAUGGAGUUUUUACAUUUGACAUAAUUGUGCCAUAAUGAUGCUAAAAUGCACUUUAAUAUAAUUUCUGACCACAUUGGAAGUCCUAGACUCAAUGGGUUGGGCCGAACCGAUCAAGGCCUUUAACAAAAACGCAGUGUGCGAUCUCUGUGCUGUGUACAGAGCAAGACGGCUCGAUACAAACCUCAUUCAGAUUUCAAAGGGCAAAAGGAAAUAUCUAUGUAUAUCUAGAGUAUUCAUCUAUGUUUAUGGAAUAUGGCACUUUAUUUUUGGAGAUUUUUUUAACCAAAGUCGAAUCAUAUGCAAUUUUCACGUUCUCUUGCUCUCGUUUGAAGCUAGUUUAUGAUUCUAAUUAGGAACAUGGUGACAUUAUGCACACUAAUGAGGAUCCAUGAUUCUCCCUGGCUAGACGGAAUUUCUAGCCUGUCAAAUAAUGCAACACUCUAGAUAGAAAACAACUCGGAGCACUUAAAAUAAUGGUUUUAUGCAAAUUUCAGUCCCUAACAUAUAAAUACAGCAGCAACCAACCAUAAUUGUACACAUUGUAUGAACUAACACAAGUUAAUUGUUUAUUUACCAUAUAUUUCUCUCGCAUGAAAAAGGGAGCACAAACUGAGACAAACUACCCAGAAUUAAAAAGGUUCUCCCAGAAGAAAGAGCUAAGGACUGUAUUUUGAAUGACUAUUUUGUUCAAAAAGAUGUUAAAGUACGGUACGUGGCCAUCACAGAGCACAGUUUUCCUCCUAUACAUAAAGAACAAAUCAUGAUAUAUUAAGCCAGUGGUUAAAUAUGAACACUGACUAAUCACAUUGUACGCUAAAAACAAUACUGAAGCCCAAAGCAGGGGAUAUGUUCAUGAGAAGCGGAUGUGCGCUUUAAGUGCAAUUCUGCUCAAGUAGCUACUCUCUGGAAACGAAACAAUCAAUAUCUUUCCUUUCCGACGGCUCUACUGCAAUGAACUAUUACAAUCUUUGUGUAGUGUCUUUGCAUGCCAACCAGCGUAAACUGUUGAAUUGUGCUACAAUCAGGUGUGGUUAUUCUGUCAUGUUAUCGUUGUCCCAGACUUUAUUUGCUGUAUACAUCCACAAUGACAAAUGUAGCUUUUGAAUGUUAGCUAUAGUGCACGUAAUUCUACAUUGGUUUAUACAGUAAAUAUAUAUAAUUAUCUAUAUAUAUUUGCUUUAUCGUGUACCUAUUCUUUUCCAUCACCAAAGUCCUCUGUAUUGUGCACUUCUGGUUCUGUCCAUUUUCUAUUCACCAGUUAAAAAAUAAAUAUUUUUCUAUCUA